AUGAAUUCUGAUUUUAUGUUGGAAUUUUCUUCCUUUUUAAAUGAAGUCGGUGAGGAUGAUUACACAGAUAAUUUUUCCACUGAUCAAAUAUUCUCAUCACGUGUCGAUUUGAUUGAUUGGGUUCGAAAGAUUGCAUUUGAGCUUGGAUUUAUGGUCGUCUACAUAAGAUCUGACACAACAACUGGUGAAGCUGGAAGAAAGACAUUCGUUGUGUUAGGCUGUGAAAGGAGUAGGAAAUAUAGGAAGUAUAAGCAAGAUGUGCAACCUAGUGUGUCUGACACAAGAAAAUGUGAGUGCCCGUUUAAGUUGAGGGGUAAACCUAAAGGAGACGGUUGGGUGCUAAAGGUUAUGACCGAUUAUCACAACCAUGAAUUAGUAGAGACUUUGGUUGGUCAUCCUUUCACGGGGAGGUUAAAUGCUAUUGAACAGUCUAUUCUUGUUGACAUGACUAGGAGUCAAGUUAAGCCCUCCAAUAUUCUUUUGACUCUUAAAGAAUGUAAUGAGGAUAACAUGAUGACUAUAAAACAAAUAUAUAACGCGAGAUACACUUGCAAACGAUUUUUGAGAGGGUCGAGAACUGAAAUGCUGCAAUUGAUGCUGUUGUUAGAUAAAGACAAAUACAUCCAGAGAAGUAGAUGUUUUGAAGAUUCUGACAUAGUAAGUGACCUAUUCUGGACACAUCCUGAUUUAGCGCACCUGAAUGUGAAAGNGAAAUGCAAGAUGUUAGUGGAUAAUGUUGAGGCAUGGGAUGGGUUGAUGAAAGUGCGGCAAAAUGUGAUGGAUUGUGUCGACCAAUCCAUGUUUGGUGCUUAUGUUUAUCGUUUUGAGUAUGCCUCUGCUUCAUGGCCUUUAUUUUUUGAUAAUGUGAAUCGUACCUGGAUCAUUCCGAUUGAGUCUGCGCACUGGAGCCUGAAGAGAUUAUUGGGGUCUAGUAUGGGAGACCUAUGCUCGUGCUGGGAUGUUAUGCAUAACGUCAUUGUCCUACAACAUAAUAAGAUCAGAGCGUCCUUUGAAAAAAGUCUUAACGUAAUGAGUGAUGGUUAUAAAGGACUGAGAUAUAGAAGACUUGUUGGACGUGUUUCACGAUACGUUCUAGGACUUAUUACUGAUGAAGUUGAGCGAGUGAAUAAAAUGGGUUUGGAUAGUGCUCGUUGUGGAUGCAUUUUGAGCUCAACCAUUUCAAGUACCGUGUCUACUGAAUCGCUUCUAGAGUUUAGCCUUGAUCUUGAAGUUCAACUGAUGACAUCUAUGGUUGCUCCGUCGCAUAAAGUAAAGACAAAAGGUGCACAGAAGACUAAAGUUGCACGACAUGAGAGGCCUACGAAACGUGACCCAUCAUAUUUUGAGCACGUUGACACUUUUCAUUCCAGGACAGAGCCUUCUUCUUCACAAAAAUCACAAGUCAAAUCGAAGCUGAAAGAAUUUUCGCAAAGGCUAAUGCCGAUGUUUCAUCCGAUUUGUCAUCCAUGCAUUGUCGAUAUUGUUGAUGUUGUUGCUGAUGGUCAUUACGGUUAUCGAUGCAUUACUGCUUUGUUUGGUCCAGGUGAAGAGGCAUGGCCCAUUAUCCGGCAUGACCAUUAUGAAGAACUAACUUAG